AUGUCGGACCAACCUGCUCUAGGAAUGGCCCUACCGGGCCUCAAAAUAGAUACAUAUGCUGUCUCCUCCAAUUUACAGGGCUGUGAGGGGGUCUCUGAAGCUUUUGCUAUCGAGAUCGAAGGAAAGGUUUAUGCUUUCAUAGCACCAGAAACACUCGACAUUCAAAGCAUUGAAAAAACGGUCACGUCCACUUUGGACGAGAACCUCGUUCGCCCGGCUGGUUACUACGCUAUUGCGCAGAUGCCGUAUACGCCAAAGGGUCAGAUCGAUGAAGGAGAGUUGGCGGCCAGAUUCAAAGGAUAUGAGAAGUCCACAGACGAUUUACUACCCCUACCACCAAAGGUCUAUUGCAAGGAACUCGACUCCAAGAUCUCAUCUUCCGCAUCCAGUGUAUGCUCCAAGGGCCUUCCCGAGAAUACAUCAUGGCAGGAUCAGUACUUGGAAAGCCAACUGCCAGAGAAGCAGCUCGCCAGGCCACUCCGCAAUUUGCGAUACAUCAGCAUGAUCAUUUACCGACGUAUAUUUGCGAUUAUCUUCAUUGCCAACUUGAUUCCUUUCUGCUGGCUCCUUUAUAAGGGAACCAACUGUACUACUCUCGCCACUGCCGUCAGCGCCAACUUGUUGCCUUCGACACUCAUUAGAAAUGAUAAUGUCGUCAACGCACUGUUCUGGAUGGCGAGUUGGGUUCCACGAUCCUGGCCUCUUUGGAUUCGUAAAAAUGCGGCAAAGGUCUACCACUUGGGCGGUAUCCACAGCGGAUGCGCUGUUUCUGCAACUUUCUGGUUCGGUUUCUUGGUUGUUCAGGCCAGCUUCGAUGCAUUCCGUCCCAGUCUCGUCGACCCAUCCCGCAAAAUGAUCUCGACUGCCACUUUGGGUGUCACAUACGCUAUCAUGCUCCUCUUCACCAUCAUCCUCACAUUCGCCCAUCCAAGCAUCCGUAGAAAGAUCCACAACCAGUUCGAGCAAACCCACAGAUUUUCCGGCUGGACUGUUUUGCUUUUCUUCUGGGUCUUGACUUUCCUCCUUAUCAACGAUUUCACCGGUCCAAAGAUGUCUGUCACUAUGGUCACCAUGCACACUCCUGGAUUCUGGAUUCUUAUCAUCAUCACUCUCUCGAUCGCUUCCCCAUGGCUCCACCUCAGGAAAGUUAAUAUCGUUCCAGAGAAGCUCUCCGAACAUGCUGUCCGUCUCCACUUCGACUACCGCAACAACCCAGUUCCAGGAUCUUUCGUUCGUCUCUCUGACAAGCCACUUAUGGAAUGGCACGCCUUCGCUACCAUUGCCGUCCCUAACCGCAAUGGCUUCUCUGUUGUCGUUAGCAGAGCCGGUGAUUGGACUAGCAAGUACAUCGCCAAUCCUCCUACAAGAAUGUGGAUACGUGGUAUUCCAACUCGUGGUGUCAUGAACGUCGCACACUGCUUCAACAGUGUCGUUGUUGUUGGUACUGGUUCUGGAAUUGGUCCUUGUCUCCCAGUUCUUCUCGCUGCUGCAAAGAAUGGUAUCAAGGUCCGAGUUCUCUGGUCUACUCCUAAGCCACAAGAGACAUUUGGUAGCGAAAUCGUCAACGGUGUUACCACUGCUGAUCCCAAUGCCAUUAUCUGGGAUACCAGAGUCAAGGGCAAGCCUGAUAUGGUCAAGCUUGUUUGGGGACUUGUUCAAGAAUCUCAAGCCGAAGCCGUUGUGAUCAUCAGCAACCCAGCUUUGACUAAGAAGGUUGUGUACGGCAUGGAAUCCCGAGGUGUGGCUGCGUACGGUGCCAUCUGGGACUCUUAA